UUGAGUCUGUUUCCCGUGCUGGUAAAGGAUAUUCACAAUUUGCUACAAAUACUGAGCGAAUGGACGAAAAGAUUCAUGGGAUGUUAAAAAUUGCUAUAAAACCUUCCAUUAAGGAUUAUAAUAUUACUUGGACUGACCAGAUCAUUGAAGUUUCUUUGCAAACGGAAACUAAUACAUGUUCUAUUCUAUUAGAUCCUGUAAUUUUACAAGGAUCAAAAAUACAUACACUUGCUGCCAGAAAACUUAUUCAUGAUCUUGAAAACGAAACUUCAUUUAUUCAUAAGCACCCAAAAAAUAGCGGAAAAACUAUGCCAAACUCACUUAUUC